AUGUUAAAUGAACAAACCAAAACUGCUCAUUGCUUCUACGAUGACAACAAUGAGGCGUUACAUCCAGCGAAAAACUUCGCAGCUGCCCUCGGUAAAAUAUAUCGCUCUUGGGGCGACACAAGAGAUAAGGAUGCUCAGAAAAGAUAUGUUAAAAACAUCCACAUACCAGAGACGUACAAAGGUCGAGAGAACAACCACCAGGACGACAUAGCAUUAGUAAUAGUAGACAAGCCAUUCACUUAUACUUCAUACAUACGACCGGUCUGUCUAGAUUUCAAGUUAGAUUUUGAAAUGGGCCAACUACAACCUGGUAAUAUGGGAAAGGUUGCCGGUUGGGGUAUGAAGGAUACAUCCGGGCAAGCAUCUGAUGUUCUUAAAGUGGUAGAGUUACCUGUAGUCGACUUCAAAGUGUGCUGGGAUCGUGCACCAUUUGAUUUUAAAGCUUCAAUCACUUCAAAUAAAUUUUGCGCUGGUUAUUACAAUGGUACAGCUCUCUGUCAAGGCGAUAGUGGCGGUGGGCUAUCAUUUCCUUCUGAGGAAUCCUCUGUCAUCAGAUAUUAUUUACGUGGUAUUGUGUCAACUUCACCGGCAUCAGUUGACCAGGAUUUAUGCAAUGCCAUGACCGUCACUACUUUCACGAAAGUCACAUUGCAAGAGGCUUUCUUUAGUGAAUAUCUACAUGAAGAAUAUUAGAUUUGAUAUCUCACUCAUUCUAUAUGAAGAAAAAAGAGAUG